AUGUCUAGUUUUUAUAGCAGCAGUCAGCGCCUUCAGUCAAAUGUUUGCAGUUACAGAUAUCCAUCUUACCUGAUGAAGGUGUCACCACCUCAAGUGGGCCCGAACUUCGACCCAAACAAUAUGUUAUUAUUGCCCAAAAUAUGUAACAAAUAUUAUGUGAGAAAAAACAACAAUUCUGUUAUGGACAACAAUCAUUAUGUUGAUGAUUUGUCUGUAAAAUCCACUGUGGAACUCAACGACACUACCUCAAUGAAACUAACUGGCAAUGAAUUCAAAAUGAUGAAAAAAGCCACUGAUGAUUAUGGUGGCUUUGAAAGUUGUAGUAAUCAUAGUUUUGGAAGUUUCAAGAAAUCAACCCAUUCCAAUUUCAGAUAUCCAUCCUACCUGAUGAAGGUGUCACCGCCUCAAGUGUGCUCAAACUUUGACUUGAAUAAUAUGUUAUUAUUGCCAAAAAUAUGCAACAAGUACAGUGUAAGAAAAAACAGUAACUCUGUUACAAAUAAAACCUAUUGUAUUGAUGAUUUGGCUGCCAAAUCCACAGUGGAACUCAAUAACACUACCUCAAUGAAGCUAACUGGCAAUGAAUUCAAAAUUAUGAACAAAGAAAUUGAUAAUUAUACUGGCUUAGACAGCGGUAGUCACAAUAGCUUUGAAAAUGUUCAACAAUCCGCCUCUCAUAGUUUUACAUAUCCAUCUUAUCCAAUGAAGGUCUCAACGCAUCAAGUGUGCUCGAACCUUGAAAAUAUGUUAAUGCAAAACAAUAAAAAAAAAAAUGGUACAAAAAAGAGCAGCUCUACUAUGAUGAAAAAUAGUCAUAAUUAUUUUGAUAGGGUGUGUGUAAAAUCCUCUUCAGUGGACGUAAAAUCGUCAAAUCUAAAUGACAACAAAAUUAAAACAACUAACACACCUAAAGAUAUCAAUCAGAAAAACAACUGUUUAACUUUGACCAAAAAUGAUUUAAAAACAGAAGGUGUCAUGAAAAUGGAAAAUAGUAGAAAUCUAUGUAAAAUAUUUACUGAUUUUGACAACCAAGUACCAUUUCCAACUAAAGUUGAUGAGGUCAAAUUGUUCAAAAUAUGUGGAAAAUGUCAUAAGGGCUGUUCCGUUGAUAAUUUUGACUGGGAAAAAAUCUCAAACACUGAUAGGAUUAAAUUGUUGGAAAUAAUUAAACAAAAUUCAAAAAACCAAGUAUCCUAUUCCAUCUUAAGAAACUUAUCCAAUAAUAACUCAAAUCAAAAUUUGUCCAUCAGUAAAACAAUAUGUCCAGACAAGACGCAGGAUAGUAUCUCAAUCUAA